GACAACACAAAACUUGUUUCUUUUUCAGUGUAAUUUGUAAAGAAUUCAACAAACAAAGUGCUUUGUUAUGUGUUAUAUACAGAAAUUAUUUUUUAAGCGUUAAAUUAGUAACUAAGAAAAAUGGCAGAUUUUGAUGCAAUAUAUCAGGAUGAAACAGAUCCCGAGGAGAAUAUAGAGGAGACGCAUGUGACAUUAGUGCCUGACCCCAUCGUUGUUCGCGGAGCUGGGAACAUGACAGUUUUUGGUCUAAGCAACCGAUUUAAUGGAGAAUUUCCAUCGGGGUUGCAGUCACGUGUUGCUCCUGAAGAAUACCAAGCAACAGUUGCUCGUAUUAACAGUGUUCUUAAAAAAACACUACCUGUUAAUGUCAAGUGGUUAUUCUGUGGUUGCAUGUGCUGUUGUUGUACACUUGGAUGCUCUCUAUGGCCUGUGAUUUGUCUUAGUAAAAGGACACAACACUCAUUGAACAAAUUGUUGGAAUGGGAAAAUAGCCGCCUUUAUAAUAAAUUGGGUCUUCGCUGGCGACUUACUAAACAACACUGUGAUUCCUCAUCCAUGAUGGAGUAUGUCUUACUUAUAGAGUUUAUACCUAAAAUACCAAUAUACAGACCUGAUUAAUGCGGCAGUGAUCUUAUUUGUAAAUAUAAAUAACACAAAAAUCCAUAAUUUUUAUGCAAUUUCUUGUAAAUAUAAUUGUUAAUGGCAUGUAUGUUUUAUCAAUUUCCUAAAAUAUCUUGUCAGUAGAGGAAAUUGUACCUCAACAAAGGUAGUCAUAACCUCUGAUGAGUGUGUUUGUAUACGGUUUACAACUGUUUGGGAUUAUUUUUCUAAAAAGAUAUUACUUACUGAAGGAGAAUAGAAUAAAUUUCAUUAGGUUAGGAUAAAAAUGUUAGGAAAUUGAGAAAACAAAAGCUGAUGUGCUUUAAAUGUAUAGAGGUCAUUAAAGCUUUGAUUAUGUUAAUGCAAUGUUAUCUUAAUGUGUAAUGUUAAAGUAAGUACCACGGAUGAGGCUAGCUUUCUAAUUCAUGGGUAGAUAAUUGAUUUCUUGAAACAUUACUUCAGAUAUACCUAUCUGAUAGUUUAUGUACAGCUAUCAACACUGCGCCAAAAUUACCAAUAUUGCAACUAGAUAGUCAUAUCAACAUAAGGUUAUUUAUGUGUAACAUCUUAUUGUGUGUACAGUGUUAUUUUCAUAACUUAAAGUUUUGGUAUGCAAAAACAUGGCAAUCUCAUACAAUAUUCCGCAGGACUGUUCCAUUCUAAUGGCUUUUGAGUUUAAUACAAACACAAAGAUCUCUCCUCUGUGAAACUAAGUUAUUACAAAUAAUUACUGAUUUUUUUUAGCAAUACACUAUCAAUAUGAAAAAUGAAGUGUUUACAACUUAAUAUUAAAUUUAUCAAAAAAACCAUAACUAAUAAUAUUUAUUGGUAUACUUUAAUUACGUGACACAAAGGCGUUAUGUAAUUUAAGAAUGAUAAUUAACACGUAAAAAUUUAACGCUUGUUUACGUGUUUAUCAGCACGUACGUGCACAGGUACUGGUGCGACGCAAUCUUGUCUGGAACUGGGUUUUGGUGGGUCGAAUUUUUUUUUUUUUUAAAGCCAAGCCAGAAUUUAAAUUAACCAUCAAUAUAGGUACUUAAGCACAAAUUAAUAAUCUGAAAUGGCUGUUAAAUCUCAUUAAUAAGACUGCCUGAAUAUUAUCAUAAUCCAAUAUAUGUAUCUAAUAUGAUUUCAAGUUAUGAAAACCAUGCUUACAUAAAACAAAAUUGCAAGAUUAUCUAGUUGCCUUAUUGAUAAAAAAAUUAAUAUUAUACCACUGCUUUACUUAACUUUGACUUUACGCCUAAUCCGAAUUUCACGAACAAUCUCGAAAACGAUUAUUAUUGUAUGUACCUGAAUGUCAGCGAGCGACGCAGUAAACUUUGGUAAUUCAAAAUUGAAAAUAUAUAUUUAGGAAUGUUAACAGGACUGUGUUAUUAGAAAAGUAAUUAUUGUUUAUAGUAGAUAUUCGUUAAGCAAAAAAGUAUAAAAAUGGGGGACCUUUUAUGAUGGAACAAAUAUUUAACCAAUUACAUCACUAACUUCUUGAAGGCAGACCAUCUCAGAUAACCUUUUUUUACUUACUUAUAUAGUUAAAAGCCGAGUUAAGAUGGCCCCGCUCUUUUGGAUGCAUAGAUUUGGCCCGUCCUUUUUAACGUGUUGUUAAUCACAAUAUCCUCGUUUCAAUAAAAAAAUGGCUUUAAUAGAGGAUUGUCGGAAAUAAUUGUCUUUCCACGUUUAAUAUUUAAGACAAAGCAACACUUGAAAAGUUGACAGGGAGUGUUGAUAUAAGAAGUAAUUAAGAAUGUAAAUAUUUUAAGUACCUACAAUAUAAUAUAGAUUAUUUUUGUUCAAAUAAAAAAUCUCACGAUGUGA